CAAAUCAAAAAGGGUUGCACUGUGACCAAAGCAAUUGUCAGGUGGACAGGGGGUCUAUUUUAGCGAGCCAUUCACACGAGACUUUGAAUACAUAAAUCUUUCACUAAUAAUCAUGAAGUGCUUUUUCUGUUGCUGACUCACUCUGUCACUGCCCUCUCUGAUUUCUUCUCACCUUCAAGGUACUGUAAGCGGCAGACAUGUCUGAGGGACCGAGGAAGCCAAAAUAUUCAGCGACACGCCGACUGCAUUUGAAGUCCAAGCUGCUGAAAAAGGCAGCUUCUAUGCUUGUGGCUGAACGCGAAGAGAGGAAACACGAGAAGGAGAGAGUUGUUAAUGAGUGCUUCCCUCCGCUGGCGCUGUCAGGUCUGUCAGUCCAGGAGCUCCAGGACCUUUGCAAAGAACUACAUCGGAAGAUUGAUGUUGUAGAUGAAGCUCGUUAUGACAUAGAGGUCAAGGUGGCCAAAAAUGACAUAGAGAUCCAGACGCUGAACCAGAAGAUCAUAGGGCUGAAGGGGGCAAAGAGACCCAACUUGAAGAGGGUUAAGAAAACCACAGACGACAUGCUGGGUGCAUCCAUUGACAGUUCCAAACUCAUGAAGGCUGAUUUCAAGGCCAACCUUAAGACAGUAAAGAAGGAGGAAGACAAGAGGGAAGAGGUGACUGACUGGCGUAAGAACGUGGAGGCCAUGUCUGGUAUGGAGGGCAGGAAGAAGCUGUUUAACGCAGCACAAUAAGAAGAAACACUGUCCGAAUUCAAGAAGUUUCUAUUACAGGAUGAAAUGAAACUAGUUUUGUAAAGAUUGAAGCACUUGUAAAAAAUGAAAUGCAUGCAUCAUUUAGAUUAUGAUGUUAACAGUUUAAAAUUUUGAUUUAAUGCAAACAGUUAUGUAAAAAGUACCACUGUGUGCCAUGGAUGAGAGGGCAUAAGUUUUGUUUCAUCAUUUGGGGGGGCAUAUAUGAAACGGGGGGGUUCGGAGGUCCUAGAAAAUUUUGAGCAUCCCACUCUCGAUUUCCUACACUCUGGUAAAUCUUAAUGCACAAAUUUGUGCCUUUUUGGCAUGAACUUAUGGUGCAAAUUUCUUUAAUCUUCAAUAAAUGUUCUAUGAUACUGCAUGUUUAGGCAAAUGCACAUGUUCUAAAUAUUAAGGGGAAAAUCUACACCUAUGCAUGGAUAUAAUAAUAUAAUUUGUACCCUUUGCAUAUUUAAAUUGUGCCUCAGAAAAUGCAGAUCAGCUUUAUAAUUUUGUCUUUUAAAGUGCAGUAUUUGUAUCACACAGAUGAUGGCGCUGCCCCAGUAUCUGCAAUACAUGUUAUACACAUUAAACAACUACAAUGACUUUA